AUGGACCCACCGGUGGCCGGAACCUGUGAACAGGUUAAGCCUGACAAGAGGGCACAGAGGUCGCUGGUGGAGCAGUUUCUGGGUCUCCCGGGUGGGGACAGUGCGGCCCGGGACGAGGAGACCCGGAAGCCGUCUGAGAAACACCGGCUGAGGCGCCGGCUGGAAGAUGGACCUCCAGCAGCUGGAAACGACGGGCCCCGGGGGCGGGGCUUCCAGCCCACGCUGGUGCUGGCGACACUGAGUGCUGCCUUUGGCUCGGCCUUCCAGUACGGCUACAACAUCGCGGUGGUCAACACACCGCACAAGGUUCUGAAGUCAUUUUAUAACGAAACCUACUUUGAGCGACACGGCACGUUCAUGGACGAGAAGAUGCUGCUGCUCCUGUGGUCCUGCACGGUGUCCAUGUUCCCUCUGGGUGGCUUGUUGGGGUCCUUGAUCGUUGGCCUGAUGGUUGACAAAUGUGGCAGAAAGGGGACUCUGCUGGUCAACAACGUCUUUGCCAUCAUCCCCGCCAUCCUGAUGGGGGUCAGCAAAGUGGCCAGGGUGUUCGAGCUGAUCAUCUUCGCCCGCGUGGUGCUGGGCGUGUGCGCAGGCAUCUCCUACAGCGCCCUCCCCAUGUACCUGGGGGAGCUGGCCCCCAAGAACCUCCGGGGCACCCUGGGAACCAUGACCGAGGUUUUUGUCAUUGUGGGCGUCUUCCUGGCGCAGAUCUUCAGCCUGCAGGCCCUUCUGGGAAAUGCCACAGGCUGGCCCGUGCUCCUGGCGCUCACCGGGGUGCCUGCGCUGCUGCAGCUGCUGUCUCUGCCCUUCUUCCCCGAGAGCCCGCGCUACACCCUCAUGCAGAAGCGAGAUGAGGACGCUGCUCGGCGAGAUCUGCGGAAACUGAGAGGCCGGGCCGACGUGGAGGACGAGCUGGCAGAGAUGCGCCUGGAGAGCCAGGCCGAGCAGGCCGCCGGCCGCCUGUCCGUGCUCACCCUCUUCGCCUUCCGGCCCCUGCGCUGGCAGCUCAUCUCCAUCAUCGUCCUCAUGGCCGGCCAGCAGCUCUCGGGCAUCAACGCGAUCAACUACUACGCCGACGUCAUCUACGCGGCGAACCAGGUCCCUAAGCUGUCUUACCUGGGCAUCAUCUGCGUCUUCGCCUACAUCGCGGGACACUCCAUUGGGCCCAGCCCCGUGCCCUCCGUGGUGAGGACGGAGAUCUUCCUGCAGUCCUCCCGGCCGGCGGCCUUCAUGGUGGACGGCGCUGUGCACUGGCUCACCAACUUCAUCGUGGGCUUCAUGUUCCCUUCCAUCCAGGAGGCCAUCGGCGCCUACAGCUUCGUCAUCUUUGCUGGAAUCUGCCUCCUCACCGCCCUUUACAUCUACGUGGUCAUCCCGGAGACCAAGGGCCAAACGUUUGUGGAGAUCAACCGAGUUUUUGCCAAGAGGAACGGGGUGGAAGUGCCCGAGGAGAGAGGCGAGACCGCAGCCGCCUCGCCCGCCCGUGCCCCGCCCAGCAGGGCGACGGCCCUGUAG